CCGCCCUCCGGUGGGGUGUGUAAUAUCCGCCUUCGUAUCUCAUCUUCUCUAUUUUUUCGCUUUUUCUUUAUUUAAACGCUUCGAAAGAGCCGCCACGGAAGAAGGUAGAGGCAAUUGAGAACCCAGCCCCAUCCGAGGAAUGAAGACAGAUGUUUGCUGAAGAUUGCUUAAUUUAUUCAUCUGCAAAGAGGAAACUUCAAGUUACAGAUUAUUUUCAUUUGUUGUCACUUGAAUUCAUUAUAAAGUGCACUGGAGUUCUGUUAACUGGUGAUAGAGAAUGGCUUCAAUAGAUCCAUACCAACACAUAAUAGUAGAACAUCAGGUUUCUCAUAGAUUAAUCGUGUGCAUUCUACGAGCUAAAAAUGUGACCAAAGGAACUUUUGGUGAUCUACUUGACACUCCCGACCCUUAUGUGGAACUGUUCAUCCCCUCGGCGCCAGAGGGUCGAAAACGGAGCAGAUAUCUCAACAAUGUUGUCAACCCUGAGUGGAAUGAGACAUUUGAAUUUCUUCUUGACCCAAACGAGAAGAAUAUUAUGGAGAUUACUUUAAUGGAUGCAAAUUAUGUGAUGGAUGAAACCUUGGGCACUACCUCUUUUAAUAUUGGAGAGAAUAUUAAAGUGGGAGGAAAAAAGGAAUUUUCCUUUGUCUUCAAUAAUGUGACUACUGUAUUUUUGAACAUGUCCUUGGAAGUUUGUUCUUCAGUUGAUCUUCGAUUUAGCAUGGCACUGUGUGAUGAGGAGAAGUCAUUCAGGCAGAAGAGGAGGGAAAAUGUGAUGGAGGGAAUCAAGAAGCUCUUGGGCCCCAAGAAUUCCAUGAAUGCACCACAAUCAAUCCGGGAGGUGCCAACAAUAGCUAUUUUGGGUUCUGGAGGAGGAUUUAGAGCGAUGGUCGGGCUUUCUGGUGUAAUGAAGGCAUUGGUGGAAUCUGGAGUCUUUGACUGUGCAACUUACAUCGCAGGACUCUCUGGUUCUACUUGGUACAUGUCAACAUUAUAUUCUCAUCCGGACUUUCCAAAAAAAGGACCUGGUGAAAUCAACAAAGAGCUGAUGGAAAAUGUCAGCCACAAUCCAAUGUUCUUGUUGACUCCUCAGAAGGUCAGACGAUACGUUGAGGCCCUGUGGAAAAAGAAGAGCUCAGGACAGCCUGUCACAUUUACUGAUGUGUUUGGAAUGCUCAUUGGUGAAACGUUGAUUCCAGAUAGAAUGAACUAUAGAAUGAGUGAGCUGAAAAACAAGAUCCACAAAGGGCAGUGCCCAAUGCCCUUAUUUACCUGUUUACAUGUAAAGCCCGAUGUCUCUGAACUCAUGUUUGCAGACUGGGUGGAAUUCAGUCCGUAUGAGAUUGGAAUGGCGAAGUAUGGAACAUUCAUGCACCCCAGCAUAUUUGGCAGCAAGUUCUUCAUGGGAACAUUGGUAAAGAGAUAUGAAGAGAACCCACUUCAUUUCCUAAUGGGUGUUUGGGGCAGUGCAUUUUCCAUACUAUUCAAUCGAGUGCUUGGAGUAAGCAGUUCCAGCAACCAAGGCACCACCACUAUGGAAGAAGAGCUAGCCCAAAUUCAGACCAAACAUUUAAUUGGAAACGACAGUUCAGACAGUGACGAUGAAUCACGAUCAAAAGAGGAGCGGUAUGGGAGUGAAGCAGCAGAGGCAGAAGAGGAGAGUCAGCAGAUUAACCAGGAUAGCUGGGUACAGAGGAUGGUAAAGACCCUGUUUAGUGACACUGCACUUUUCAACACGCGGGAAGGCCGAGCUGGCAAAGUGCACAACUUUAUGCUGGGCCUUAACCUGAACACAUCAUUUCCACUUUCUCCCCUUGGUGACCUGAUGCCACAAGAACUGCUGGAGGAUGAUGAAGUAGAUGCUGCAGUCACAGAUCCAGAUGAGUUUGAAAGGAUCUAUGAGCCACUUGAUGUAAAAAGUAAGAAGAUUCAUGUGGUGGACAGUGGGCUCACCUUCAACCUACCCUAUCCACUAAUAUUGCGACCUCAACGUGCCAUUGACCUCAUCAUCUCCUUUGAUUUUUCUGCCAGACCAAGUGACUCUAGCCCACCUUUUAAGGAGCUACUGCUGGCAGAAAAAUGGGCAAAAAUGAACAAGUUGGCUUUUCCUAAGAUUGACACCAAAGUAUUUGACCGAGAGGGAAUGAAAGAAUGUUACAUCUUCAAGCCCAAAAAUCCAAUGAUAGAGAGAGACUGCCCAACCAUCAUACACUUUGUUCUAGCAAAUAUCAAUUUUAGACAUUAUAAAGCUCCAGGUGUUAAACGCGAGAGUGAGAAGGAAAUGGAGGAUGCAGACUUUGACAUCUUCGAUGAUGCUGACACACCAUAUUCUACUUUCAACUUCCAAUAUACCAAUAAGGCAUUUACACAGCUCCAUGACCUAAUGGAAUUCAACACACUCAACAAUAUUGAGUUGAUUAAGGAUACCAUAAUCGAGAGUAUCAAGUACAGACAACAGAACCCAUCUCGCUGUUCCGUGUCUCUCAGCGAUGUGGAAUACAGAAGACUGAAAAAGUCACUUAGUUUUGAUGGGCUCCAGGCCAGGCGGAAGCGACAUACUACAGACGAACAACAGAAGUAGAAGUUACAGUUAUCUGUAAGGCAGGACUGAACAAACACCUGCAGUCAAAUCUCAUCUUCAGGAUGCCAACCAUGUUGUGCCUUGAAGUGCAUUAAGGUCUUUCUGUAAUACUCCUACAGCAUUAGGCAAAACAAAAUAAAAACAAAACAAAGAGAUCUUGUUUUAAAAGGGAGCAACGUUGUUGAUGUUGAAUGAGGAUCCACCUCAAAAACUGAAGAUUUUUACUAAAUGAUUAGAAGUCAUUCAUUUUAAUCCAUUUCUUUGAACCCUGGGCUAUCCAGUAACACAGAUUAGAAUUGAUCAGAGAAGAAAAUAUGAUGAAUACAGCAAGGUGUUUUAUCUACCCAGAUAUUGAAACACUGAAAUUGAUCUGUAUUUCUGCUUCCGUCAUUUAAGUGGCAAUGGUCCCCUUUAAUAUCCAAACAGUAUCUGGCUGGAUCAACGUGGAUCCAGAACAUUUCAUUUUGUUUCUGUGCAAUGCUGUGAGUGUCCCAUGGUUUGGUCUUGAUAUUCCGUUUUACAUUGUUGAACCAAGUUGUCCAAUCACUUACCAGCCUUGGAAAAGAACUCUACCUUGGAUUUCCUUUUAGAAUUUGCAUGUAAACCCCUUUUCAUAGAGGUCUUCUAAUGUAAACUGAUGACAGAAUUCUUCUAUCAAAGUACUGGAGAUUGUACUUAAUUUUGCAAAAUGUUGCAAUUAUCCGACUUUCUAAUAAUCUGUGAUUACAACGAAAUGUGAGCCUAUUUAUUUAAUACUACUUCCCUGCUUUUAUUUUUCUCUUCCUCAGAUUGUCAGCGGUCAGGGAAUAUCAGGCCCAAUGGUUCAAAUCUGAAGUAGUUUUCCUUUCUUUCUACAACUUGCCUUGACCAGGUGUUUCAUGCAUUUCAGCCCAUUGAGAUUGAGUGAAAUAUGGUGUUCCUCAAAUGCAAUACAUGGUCCUGCUGCUCAAAGAUAUUAACCACCAAGAUCUCAGAAGGAAUUUUUUUAGCCAAAUUUCUGUUCACAAAACUAAACAGCUAGCUAAUGCAGUUAAGUACAAUUUCUAAGGACAGAGCGAUAUUUUAUUGUUUCUUGGUGAAAUUUCCAUCUACCCACAUAGUUGACAAUGAUUUAGUGAUUUUAGAUGUCUCUGUAUGUCAGUAAUUAGCUGGCAUGUGUCUGUUCAAAAGUGGACAUACUGUAGAAGAAUUUAGAUCCUUGGUAGGAGAGUGAAAGAUCAGGAAGAUCAAGCUAGAAGUUUAUCCUGUCUCCAGAAAACAUUUUUUUUUGAGGCAGUAGCUUAACUUUAUGACUGGCCCUUAAAGGAUCCUUAAACAAUUGUAGAAGGUCGCUUCUUCUUAAAGUUAUUCGACCUUUGUUGCCUAAGUGAAAGACAUGUCACAGUAAUGUAUAUCCUUAACAAAGCACUUAUUAGACGAUGGUUAGAAUAUAGUGUUCAGUUCUGGGCAAGUUCUCUUGUAGAGUUUUUAAGAGCAUGGGGAGGAAAUUGAUCUACAUGAGAUGUUGUGAUAAAAGAAAAAUAAAUUUGAUGUAGACACAAGAGACUGCAGAAAGAAUCAUUCUAUAGCAGAGAUUCCCAACAUUUUUCAUGCCAUGGACCCCUACCAUUAACCGAGGGGUCAGUUGAGAACACCUGUUUUAAAGGAACUCCAAAAGACUGUUUAUCCAAAUUACUUGCUAUAGAUUUGGAGGAGUUGUAACCUGUGUGGAUAGAGGCGAAAAGCAGAAAUAGAUUUUGAUGGCAGGAGAUUCAACAGCUAGAGGACACAGAUCUGACAUGUUUGGAAAAUGAACCAGAGAUAAAAACAAAGAAAUAUCCUUUACAUGGAGAGUCCAAUUAGGAAUGCACAGACUGAAGGCAGAGUGGAAGGAAAUUUGGUUGGGAGCUUUAAAACAAAACUGAAUAAACAUUUGAUGAUAUGCAGGACUGGAGAAGUAAGAGUAGGGAAGUGGAAAUCAUUGGAUAUCGCUACAGAAUGUGUGAUGUUAUGAAAAUACAUUCCACUAUAUCCCUAUCAUUAACAUUAGUCUCAUUCCAUAUUGUCUCAUAUUACUGUGGAUGAAAUACAAGGAAUUAUUUUGGAGAGCUACUCUUGCAUUUGCAAAGAUGUAUCCUAUCCAUGCCUACCUAAGGGAAUUGAAGGACAUCUCAAAAUGGAUGCAGCACGUUUUUUACCCUCUUGGGGCAUUGUUCUGUAAAAUGUAUUAGGAUAUUAAUUGGAAAUUUAGCCAUUUUAUUCUUCUGUAUAUCCUUGGAUGUGGUGUGCUGUACUUAUCUCAAUGCAGGAAGAGUCACAUUGUCCCAUGCUGAUGAACAGAAAAUGUACCUUGAAGAUAUAUUUCAUCCAAAUCAUUUAAGUCUUGAGGACUGCUUACCAGGAAAAGUCAUUCUGUAACAUUGACAUUCUAUCAUUUCAUAAUUUUACAAAUAAUCUUAAUAAGCUAAAUUUUAUAAAGUACAGUUGUUCUUUACAAGUUUUGGAUUCAGUGAUACAGCUCUUUGAGUUUCGGUAGUGGAAAUUUAUAAGGAUUGAAUGAUGCACUGUAUUGAAGUGCUUUAAAUUUCCGUCUAAUUCUUACACUAUAUCCUUUAGAAUAGAAUUAUCAUAACACAUAAACCAAUCUACUUUGUAUACAAGUAUCUCAAAAGUAAUGUGUUAUUAAGUUUAGUUUGUUGACAGAAGGAAAAUAUUUAGGCUUACUGUACCACUUUCUGUUCAUGGAGAUUUUCAUCCUUGCUACCUGCCAAAACAUACCACCUGUCAUCAAAAACAUAGGCAUGCCUGCUUGAGAUUGCCACCCAGCACUCUGUAUGGUAAUGUCCAAUAUUUACGUGUGAUAUUCAUAAUCCCCAAGAACUGCAGAGCCAUAAUGUAGUCUAAUAUACUGCACAGUAUCCCGAGCUGAAUAUCUUCAGGCAAUUGCCCAAACUUUAUGACUAAAUGACUUAUUCUUGAUUACUCACUAGCAGAUUGUUUUAGAAAAUGCAUAAAAUUGUGAUUGUUAUUUCAUUAUCAUGCCCAGUUAAGGGUAUGCCAACUUUCACUGAUGUCGAUGUACUGAGCAAAAUCAAAAAGGCAGUAUUUAAGCAGAAAAUUUGUCAUAACAUUACUGAUUAGCACAGCAUCUAUCAGCAACUUGAGAAGAUGAUGCAACAGAGAAUAUAAAUAUAUUGAUAUGAGAUUUAUUGUGAAACUUAUUUAAUUUUAUCCCAUUAUUUGAUAAUUCAAAAUACUGUGCUUAAUGUGGCUGGAAAGUUAUUUUAGUUAAAUGAUGUAUUAAGUUUUAACAAGUGUGACUACCUAAAUACAAAAAUUACAGUAUGUUGUAGUUUCUUGUACUUAUUCUAACUGGUGUUGCUAUGGAAAUUCUUUAUAUUUAACUUUUUUUUAAAAAAACACAUUCAUGUGGAAUUAUUUAAUUAAGUAAUUAAUACCGUGUGCUAAUUUUAAUUUCUAUUUUGGAACAAAUUUUAUGGUAGUUUCAAAUGAUUUGAUAGUAUACUAUAGACUAUAGUUUGCAUGUUGUAGUUUAUUGAAACACUAUUUUUGUUGGUAUGCACUCAUUACUGGUCACAUCUCCACCCUAAGCUUUACUUACAACUUGCCUUGUUAUUCUAACACCACCACUCUCCUCUGUCUAGCAGAACUGGUCCUCACCCUAAACAAUUUUUUCUUUCUGCUCCUCCCACUUUCCACAAAUGCAAGGUGUAGUUAAUGGCAUCUGCAUCAGCCUCUGCUAAGGCUACUUUUUUGUUGGCUAUGGGGAACGGUCCAUGUUCCAAGCCUCUAGUGGUAAUGUUUCCCAACUCUUUCCAAUCUGCAAAUACAUUAUUGGGGCUACUUCCUGCACACAUGCAGAGCUCUUCAGUUUCCUCAACUUUGCCUCCAACUUCCACCCUGCCUUCAAAUUUACUUAGUCCAUCUCUGACACUUCUCUCUUCCAUUUCUCAAUCUCUCUGCCUCCAUCUCUAGUGACAGACUGUAUGCUGAUAUCUUUUAUAAACCUACUGACACUCAUGCAAGAAUGCUAUUCUUUUUCUCAGUUCCUCUGCUUCCACUGCAUCUGUUGUUAUGAUGUGUUCUUGACAUAUUGACCUUCUCAAUAUAGAAGUUGGAAAUGUAUUUCACAUUAUCCACCUUGAAGGUGAGGGAGAGGAAAGCAGUUUCAGCACAUGGUCUAUUAUAGACAGAGUAGAAGAGUUCACUCAGUCACUAAUGUUGGCAACAAAAAUAUAAAAUAAUGAUUUCCUGAUUUCUUACUGUGAGUUGUUAAAGGUGUUUAAGGCAGUUUUUCUAACUGAAUAAACUGUGUUCCACUGAACUUUAAAAAAAAUUCCAUUAAAAUUAAGUCAAAAUGUACAACUUAUAUAAAUAAAAAUUGAUUGAGUAGUGGUUGUCAUUAAAUUAUGAUUGUUUUGAAUUAAUGUCCUGUCAUUGGACUCAAUGUCAUUUUUAUACAUGUGAAUUGUUAUUUGACCAUAAAA